AUGGCCAUAGAAACAGGGCAUCUCAAUGUUUUUCCUUCACAACUCAUCUCAAACGGAGAUUUGAUGAAUUCCUACAACUACGAGAACAACACCUUUGCAGUCAACCCGCAGAGGGGCUCAUCAGGAUUCGGCUUUCGCCAAGCCGUGCCUGGGAAUCUUGUCCCGAUUUAUGAAUCUACCGACAGCAAUAACACCUACAAUAUUCGAAAGCGUGGCAGGGAUUCAAUGGAUCAGUUCUAUGAAGCAGCGAAUUCCAGCCCGGCCACCCAGAAAAAUAAUAGCAUCCCUCAGUUCCCAUCUUUUGCCGGUGAAGGCGUUUUGCAUCAAAUGCAACAACAUCACUUGGAAAUUGAUAACAUUAUAUCCUACCAUACUAAGAAAAUCAGAGUGGAACUAGAAGAGAGGCAAAAGCAACAAGCAAGAUUCGUGCUGGCAACAAUAGAAGAGGCAGUGACGAAUAAAUUAAAGGAAAAGGAUGAACAGAUUCAGAAAAUGGUCAAGUUGAAUUUGGUUCUUCUAGAAAGAGUGAAGAGUCUAUAUGUCGAAAACCAUUUAUGGCGAGACAUGGCGCAGACAAAUGAGGCCACGGCUAUGUCCUUGCGCACGAAUCUUGAACAAGUCCUAGCCCAAGUAAGCGAAGAGCGUCACUCUGACGGUGUAGGUCCCGGCGUACCAGAGGUUGAGGAAGACGUCGAGUCGUGUUGUGGCAGCAGUGACCAUGGAAGGGACAUCCAAGUUGGUAACGAAGAUGCUGAUUGUCGGAAAAACCGGCCGCUCAGUGACCGGACGUGCAAGAGAUGUGGGGAAAGAGAGUCGACGGUUUUGUUGAUGCCGUGCAGGCAUUUAUGCCUUUGCUACAUUUGUGGGAGUGGGUGUCAUGGCCUCGAAGCAUGCCCUGUCUGUAACUGUGCAAUGAAUGGUACAUUGCACGUUAACAUGUCUUCUUAA